AUGUUAUUGAAAAAGUCAUAAUAAUGGUUUCAAAGUCAAAAACUUUGAACUUUUCAAGAAAUGACUACUCGCCGGUCGUCUUCGUUCACCUUCGUCUCUCUGUUUAUAUUAUGUCAUAAAGACGUAUUUUCAUGAUUGCAAAUAAACAAAGAAACAAACAAAAGGAAUACUAUAAAAGUGCGUUUCUUAAUUUUAAAUUCUUUGGAAUGUAUACUAUACUUAUUAGAUAGUGUUUACGGGGAGAAAACGUUCCAAAGGAAGGCUUUUUAGCUUGAGGUUGUUCUGUGAGCUCCAAUGGCUGAUAAGGUAGAUGAAAGAACGCUACAGCAGACUUCCACGUGGGCGGUCGCCGUGGUUUGCUUCUUCUUGCUUCUCAUUUCGAUUGUCAUUGAGAAACUGAUUCACAAAUUAGGAACCUGUUUUAAAAGGAAGAAUAAAAAAGCUCUGUAUGAAGCUCUUGAAAAGGUGAAAGCAGAGCUUAUGCUGAUGGGAUUCAUAUCACUACUGCUAACAAUUGGACAAAACUAUAUAUCACAAAUUUGCAUCUCCGAGAGCAUCGCAGCAUCAAUGCGCCCUUGCAGUAAAUCAGAAGAGUUGCAAGAGUAUCCACCUAAGAACAAAGAUACUGGAAAUGACGAAGGAGAUGAAGAAACCUCUGGUCGAAAGCUUCUCGAAUUAGUCGAAACUUUCAUUCCUCGGAGGAGUUUGGCUACCAAAGGCUAUGACAAAUGUGCAGAGAAGGGAAAAGUGGCUUUUGUAUCGUCGUACGGUAUGCAUCAGCUGCAUAUAUUCAUUUUUGUUUUGGCCGUUUGUCAUGUGAUCUACUGCAUUGUUACUUAUGCUUUGGGAAAGAUCAAGAUGAGAAGGUGGAAGAGGUGGGAAGAGGAGACAAAGACAAUCGAAUAUCAGUAUUCACAUGAUCCUGAGAGGUUUAGGUUUGCAAGGGAUACAUCUUUCGGGCGUAGACAUCUGAACUUCUGGAGCAAGUCAACUAUUACUCUUUGGAUUGCAUGUUUCUUCAGACAGUUCUUUGGAUCUGUUACCAAAGUUGAUUACUUAACACUGAGACAUGGUUUCAUCAUGGCCCAUUUGGCUCCUGGGAGUGACGCGAGGUUCGAUUUCCGGAAGUACAUUCAAAGAUCAUUAGAGGAAGACUUCAAAACCAUCGUCGAAAUCAGUCCUGUGAUCUGGUUUGUGGCUGUGCUAUUCCUCCUUACCACCACACACGGAUUGAAUUCUUACCGCUGGCAACCAUUCAUUCCCUUAGUUGUGAUACUUAUAGUUGGAACGAAACUUCAAAUGAUAAUAACAAAACUAGGACUUCUAAUCCAAGAGAAAGGAGAGAUAGUGAAAGGUAUGCCGCUUGUUCAGCCCGGUGAUCAUCUCUUCUGGUUUGGUCGUCCACGAUUCAUUCUCUUCCUCGUUCACUUGGUCCUUUUCACGGUACUAUACACAUACCUUCACGAUCUAUUUUCCUUCCUUCUUACAACAACAAAACUAAACAUGUUUAACAAUUUACAGAAUGCGUUUCAACUAGCGUUCUUUGCGUGGAGUACGUAUGAGUUUGGGAUUAAGAACUGUUUCCACAAAAGUACUGUAGAUGUGGUCAUCAGAAUUUCAAUUGGACUUAUUGUACAGUUUCUUUGCAGCUACGUUACUCUUCCUCUUUACGCUCUUGUUACUCAGAUGGGUUCGAAGAUGAAACCGACAGUGUUCAACGAGAGAGUAGCAGUAGCUUUAAAGAGUUGGCAUCACACUGCCAAGAAGCAGAUCAAACAUGGAAGAACCUCAGAGUCAACGACGCCUUUCUCUAGCCGUCCAGCUACACCUACGCACGGUUCUUCUCCGAUACAUCUCCUUCGCAACGUCCACAAACGAAGCAGAAGCGCCGAUGAGAGCUUCGCUAACUCGCUGUCUCCGAGGAGAAACUCUGACUUCGAUACGUGGGAUGUUGAGUCGCAACAAGAACCUUCUUCUUCUUCCAUAAAGUAUCAUUCUAGGUUUAGGGAAGAAGACUCAGAGAAGAAGAAGGCUUCUUCUUCUUCUUCUUCUUCUUCAGCUGUGGAGCUUCCUCCUGGACCUGGAAUAAUAAGAACUCAGCAUGAGAUUAGUACUAUUAGCUUAAGAGAUUUUUCAUUUAAGCGAUGAUUUUUAUUUAUAAAAAAAUUUAUUAUUACUAUUAGUGAUGAUUUUUUUAAUAUGUUUAUAAUUUUAUAUUAAAACAAUGUCCUUGUGCACGUAAUUAUUUCUCGUUUAUGUAGAAUCUGAAAAUCA